AAUUCUAUUAUUUGAUCUAUCUAAUGAAUGGAUAUACAGUAUCUAUCAUAAUUUCAAAUAAUGAUUCAAGUAGAGCAAACCAUAUUGCAAAAAGAAUAUAAAUUAAAAACAUUGAUUAUUUGAUUCCCUAAGUUAGGAUUUUUUUAGACAACCCAAAAGCCUACUUUCUCAGUAUCUAGUACUUGAACUCUCUAGGACGGUUUUUUAUUGAGUAAAAGUUGAAUGAUUUUGGUAGCUAUUGUGUAUAUAUUUAUAUUGUAGAUGGUCUGAUCCACCUUGUCGACAAUUCUAUGAAAAUAAAGCCUCUCAAACAUUUUAUGAUUAUUCACGUUCAGUUCAAUCAAAUAUAUCUAAUGCUAUGUUUAUUGUUUGUACACAUGAUGGUUAUGUAUUACGUGAUGGUAUUCCACAUAUGAAUAAUGUAUGGUCUGGUAUUCAUAUUCGAUAUAUUCCUCAUGGACAUGUUAGUGCAUUUUUAUUUAAUCAAUCAGGCUUUCAU